AACCAAGGAGGACCCACUAGAAUGUGAUUGGAGCAAUUUUGUGACCGGUGCUGGCUUUGUUACCCAGACCUGGCAACCCUGGCCCAUCCUCACAAGGUCAAAAUGUAAGGAUUUACUGUUUUUGUGGAGAAAUUCGGUAACACACCUGAAAUCUAGUGCCACAGGUGUAAAGUACAAAAGAGAAGAGGACUCUAGACUCAUCAUUUUCUUGAAGUCUGCAGUUUCUGUCCAAUAGUGUGCUUCUGGCAGGGUCUGCUGUAGGUACGCUUUAGUGAUGUCACUCACUACAGUUAUCACAUCCUCAGUAGAGCACACUGCAAAGAAGAAACUUUAGCUGCAACUAAAAUGAAUAUUGUAUCUUUUACCACUCCAUCCCUAGACCCAUAUUAGAUCAAACAAACUCAAACAAAAAUAAAUGCACUUUCUGACACCAAUGCCAUAGAUUUGGGUGAAGCCAGUAAAAACUGUUACAUUACCCAAGAGCUCAGUGGUUCGGAAGAGGCAGCGUUUGGCCGAGGACUGCUCAAUCUUCAACGUUUUCACAUGUCUGGUUUGAAGUUGAACAAUACCAUAGAACAGCUGCAGAGUAAUAUCUUAUUAACAGAGAGAGGCAUUGUAAGUCAGCCACACAGUCAACAACUCAAAAGGGUAACUGAGAAACUUAAAGUGGACACUGCAACUGGGAUCAAGUCUAACCUCAUAGACAUAUCCAAUGGUAAAGAGAGGAACAUGCAACACUAAGGUGGUGUUUUAAUUGUUCAUGAUGUAGCCAUGCUCAGAUGCCAGCUGUGAGGUCAGUGUAGGGCCUGAUGGUAAUGUCCCACAAGUAAUCGUUCUUCUUAUGGUCCUUCAUAAAUCCUAUGCCUAGUCUGUACACACACUGUCUAAACGCGGAGGGGCUGUGGAGAAAGAAAAAAGUGUUGUUAAUGUGUUUAAGUUGUUAAUGUGUUAAGACGUCUCCGAUGGCCAAUACCUUAAGUGUAAACCUUAACUUUUAAAACGCUAGAGUUAUUGGUUCUUACAGACAUUCUGGAUAUCACGGACAUCAAGGACGAAAUCAGUCACAGAGGAAAAAUAGUUAAUAGGCCUCCAUUUGAGGCAUGAUGUUCAAAGUCCAUUUAAUUCCCAGAGAGUACUCAAAUGUGAUGUACUCGAUGUAGUAAACCAUAUACUAGCAGUACUGUGCCUCCUGGAUCUUGGAGUGAGACCUAGCCUCAUUCCAUGGAUUUGUUAUUUUUAUGUCUAAUUGUCAUCAAAGAGUGCAUUAUCAGGGAUAUCUAUCUGAUUGGGAAUAUCCCUCAUGUGGAGUUGCUCAGGGAACCAUACUGGGACCCAUAAUCUUUCUAGCACUGAUUAACAGUGCCUUCCAGAAUCAAACAGACCACUGGAAAUGUUGACAACAUGGCUCAGAGGUGGACUCCUAAUCUGCCCUGUACUCUCCAACAGAUGUUGAAUGAUCUUGGCAUCUGGGUAGAAAAACUAAACUUAAAAAAAAAAAAGGUUUUACAUUUUACCCACAUGAAACCGAUACCAGCUUGGCCAUCACUUUCUGUAGAUCAGAAUACUUUUGAAAUCUGUGACUUAAAUUUUAGGGGUACCACCCAGAGUGAUUUGAAAUGGGAUGGUCAAGUGGAUCAUAUGCUGACCUCAGCCAACAGAAAGCUGUUUGCUCUACACGGGCUAAAGGCACUUGAUGUUUGAGGUCAAGAAUUGGUUAUCAUCUACACAGGGUAUGCGCGCGCCCUGUGUUAACAUAUGCAGUACCUAUUUGGCGCAAUUUUGACUACCGAUCAAGUUAAACAGCUUGAAAGGGUGCAGAAACAGGUCUAUAAAAUUAUACUGGGCCAAAUGUAUAAUUUUAAGGAUAUUCCAAUGCCCUCUCCCUUCUGAACACUAGCAGAUAGGUCAGUCCAACUGAGUCUUGAUUUUUGCUAGUCAGACGGGUAUGAGAGGUCAGUUUUGAAAUUUAAACCAUUUGAUAACCACUUAAAUGAACAGAUGUAACACUCAUAAAAAUGAAUAAUUUCACAUUUGAACAUUCCAUAUAGAAGUAGCGUUCAGGAAUGAUGGACCCCUUGUGAGAAAAAGGAACAAACUCUCACAAACUAAAAUGAGAAACAGUGAUCUCAUAUCACACUUUAUUAUAUUUUGAGAAGUGACUAAAAGUGAAACAGCGUUUGGUUUUACAGCAGAACAAUUAAUAAGAUCACUGACUCAUUAAAACAGAAAGUACAUAAUGUCUUCUAUUUAUUGUAGCUCCACAAGUUGACAAUACACAUUCCACUGAAUAUAUUCUGGCAGCAUUGAGAACUUGCUAUUGUGUUCACUUCCUGUUGUGGGCAACAGGGUGGCCUGACAUCAUUUUGCUUGAUAUAUGCAGUGAGUCAUUUGUCUGUCUACAGCUGAAUUGUAGUCAACACAGAAUUCUCCGGCUACAGAUUAAGUCCUUACUUGUUUACCUGAAUUUAAUGAGUGAUUGAUUCAUUUGCUGAAAUUAAAUAUGAAGAAAUUAUUGACCUUUUAUGAUAAACGGUUGAAACUAUUAAAGUACUUGAAACAUACAAAAGUACUGAUGUACAAGUCACCAAUUUAUUGGCACAGGCAGUAUUAGUAGUGGAAGACUGAUGAUUAUAUGUCAUGAGAGAAUUUUGAUGUCUGGUUUGAUGGUUUUAUAGUGGUUUCGGGCACUUGUUAGCUGACCAGAUUGGGAGACCACCAGGCCAACCAUCUAAACCUCAGCCUAACCCACCUACGAAAGCCAAACCACAGUGUCAUAAGCUUUAAUACUGCAUCAUUUCUUCAUUUAAUCAGUUAACUGUGUUAUUAGGCAAUAAGUGAUGACCUGGCAAUGUGGCUUGAUGCAAAUAAUAACCUUGCUAGGCUACUUUUGCUAAAUUACAGUGCCUGACCACAGCACUAUUAUAUUAAGUUACAUAAACAUUGGAAAUUUCUUAACUGAAUACAAAAUGGCAGUGUAUCAUUGGCUAUGAAACCAAAUGGCAAAUAGUUCCAGAUUUUGCCUGUUGGUCUUAAUUAACUUUUAAUCAUGAAACUUUUAAAAGUCACUGACUAUUCGUUUUAGGAUUAAUUAGAUUUGAUCCGUCAAAUGUAUCCUAUGAUGGUGUGUUAAAAUGUUACUCUGCAAAAAAUACAUUAAAGUAUUAUAAAUGGGUGAUUUUACGUUUUUCUGUAAGAACACAACACGCAGAUGAUCCCUUGCGCGACAGAAGCAUCUGGAGAAUGAACAGCGCAAUAAAAACGAAAUAAAGACAUGAAUUCCGAAACACCUAAAACCGUGGAGGAAAAAAAUUAGGAUAAGAGACUAUUACUCGCAUUAUUAAUUUCUCCCCAAAAAUGCAUUGCAGGGGAAAGAAGUGAAUGUGGAAAUAGGCGAGACAGUGUCCUGGCAUUCAUUUGCUCAAUGUAAAUGCAUCUGGUUACAACAGAUUUAUUUGAUUGUCCAUCACUGUACAUGUAAAACAUGAGUUCUGGUGGACAAGAACAAAGGGCAAGACUUCAGCACUUCCUGUCGGAGCUUUCAAUACUGGGUUCUUUACAGGGCUUCCAUUAUUUCCAGCCCUGGCUAAGAGGCAGAGAGGAACUUCUGCUGACUGUGGUCAAUGAUGACUUGAGAUGCCGUUCUCCUGGGUUUGCCAUUUCUGCGGCCUCCACCUUUACCAGCUCAACUUGCAGUAGCAGUUACAGCCUGGACAGCGACUAUAGCAGCUUGCCUUCAGCAGGAGAAGGGCCACUUCCACAACACAAACAAGAGACAUCAGAUACCACUCAGCAACAAACUCCCAGCAGUUAUAGGAAUGUUGAUUCUCAUCUUCUCCCAGCCUCACCCAGUGAGAGAGAGAUCGCUGUUCCUGAAAUUAACUGCACCCUGUUCCUGUUAGCCGGCUAUGCCAAGUAUGGGCAACCUUAUGCCUGGAUUCGAUCCAAUCACGAGCGCCUAGUAAACGUCGGAGGAACUGAUACGCUAGUCAAAGAUACACCAAUGAAGCUGAAGUCCAUCACAGACUGGGUUUCAACAUCCCAAGGAACUCAUGUUUGGGACAUAGUGAGUGAGAUGGUGGGACUGUGCACCAUGCCGCCUCCUGACAACCCCUUCUCUUUGGACAUGAGCUACCUCCAAACCCUGUCCCUCCCAGAGCGCUUCCUGGUCACUGGGGCCCUCCUGAAUUUCCUGGAGAUGAUUGUGGUUCAGGGAAACCGAGAGGAAAUGUUCUAUGAUCUGGUUGUGGAAGAGUUGAAGCCACUGAGAAAACUUCAUUUCCAAAGCCUUUCUGAGGUCCAAAGAUUUCAGGGUAGCAACAGGACUCAUCAUUUACCCGCCAAAUGAAAAUGGACAACAACAUACAAGGGUAUUAAACUCCAAAGGAUCACUGCUUUUAUCAUUUGGGCUAAACAAUACAAUCUAGAAUUGUAAAAAUUUUAACCAUAAACUAACAUGUAUGCAUGUAUGUAUGUAUGUAUGAUAUAUAUAUAUAUA